AUGAAAAACGAGGAUGGCUUCGCUAUUGAAAUCGACAAGGAGUUUGGUAAGCCCACGGAGCGCCGCAAGUUGUGCGCUAAACAACUCCGGAUGUUAAUCAGUGAUAAAGUGGGCUCAGCUGACGAGGUGCAGGACAACUGGAAGAGUGCCAACAUUCUCCCCCUCUUACUUGAGCAUCGCCUUCGAUUUGCCGGGUGGCAUCGUGGAGUACCAUGCUUGGAUAAGUCACUGCCGUCCAAUUGGACGCCACGUGAAACUGCCCGUUGCUUGUUGCAACUCUCUCACACCAUUCCAGCCCAGAGGUUGAGAGUCGAGACCAUGACCGAAGAGGAAUAUGUGGAACGCGAGGUAGUGCACUGGGCUCCAGACCCAAAGGGUGAGGUUCGAUCUUAUGUAUUGCCCGAAGAUCAGGUAUGCAGGGCCGUGGCCAAGACAGUGGCCGUCAGCACUCGAGCAGGACAUCCAGAAAAACGCAAGGCAGACUCGCCAGAAGCGACUAGUGCCAAUGACCAGGGGACAUCAAGUCAUCCAAGCCCCAAACGGAUGAGGACUAGGUCGAAGAGGAUAUCAAGUAAGCCUAAACAGGCAAGAGCUAAGCCCGGACGGAAGGUCCCAGUCGCGAGCAACCACGUAGUGAAAACAAUGCCGGAAACGACAGCUGGGACUAGUCAGGCAAACGAAACGACCGUUCCAGAGACCCCUAGCGAGCAGCUGCAUGAAUCAGACAGAUCGGUUUCGCCGGUAACAGCUGGCGAGUCCCACACAUCCAUCCUCCUGCACUUUCAUCUGAUGCAGCAAGGUGGGAACGAGGUGCCGGAAAUUGAGAGAUUUCACACAACAACGACCACCCCUCACUUUGAUCUUAUGCCGCACAAUGAGAAUGAGGUCCCGAAGAUUGGAGGAUCCCACACAAUGACCACCAUCCCUCGCUUCGAUUUUUUGCCUCAAAGUGAGAACGAGGUCUUGACAAUUGGAGGAUCUUACACAAUCCCUCACUUCGAUCUGACAAUGCAGAGUGAGAACGAGGUCCUGACGAUGGAAGAAUCUUACACAGCACCCAGCACCCCUCGCUUCGAUCUGAUGCCACAAAGCGAGGACGAGGCCCCGAAGAUUGGGGCAUUGCACACCGUGCCUCACUUCAAUCUGAAGCCGCAAAACAGAAGAAGCAUCUCCAGAGAGGGAGGAUGCAGUGCCUCUCCCGCAGUGGCCAUCACGCAAUUUAAUCCGAUGCCCCAAAGCAGGAAUAGCAUGAGUACCGCCAUUCUUCCCAUUGAUCCUUUGCUGCAAAAUGGGGACAAUAUUCUGGCGAAGCCAAGGGGUGGAACGAUGGACCGAUCCCCAAGAAUGGCGUCUAUUCCACCGAUUAAGGUGAUUAACCCAACACCCCAAAGCAGCCCGAUUAAAGGGCAGUCAGGAUUGAGGGAGAAGAACAACGGCGUCAGCUAUCUCACUGUCAAGAAUGAACAUGACUCUCGCUCACGUUCAGAAUCUCCUUCCUCCACAGCAAGUACAAAUGGAGAGCCCGUCACCUAUGACCACCUCCUUAGGUGUGCACAGAACGGGGUGUGGAGGGCGGCUAUAAAGGCUGCCACGAUCCUUCGUUCGGAAGCACUCGAGAGUCAAGAUGUUGAACUCCUGGUUAAGGUCGAUGUCAUUGCUGAGCAAAUUAAAAGCAAACAGUCACCACUCGACGAGCCAGAUGUUUCCUUGCAUUGGCGGCUCAUUAAUGAUGCUGGGGAAGAACUUCUUCUAAAUAAAGGGGCUGAUGUUGGGAAGGUUGCUAGGUCAGUAGCUCAGCUUCUUGACGAGGCAGAGGCCAGCGAAGAAAGGGAUGGGGUAAUGGACAAAUGGAUCGCCAGGCUGCCACGCAGGGCGCCCUGA